AUGCGCUGCACACAGGCCGCCUCAUGUUUCAGCUGGCACGAUAUUCGAGAUAUCGCAGUAUAUUUUCAUAAAGGAAACUACUCACAAAGAAUCACCUGGAACCCAGCUGAAUCUCUCGUUUGUGAUGUUCUCAGGCAACUGAAUGUGCUGCACCAGACCGCCUCAUGUUUCAGUCGCUACGAUAUUCGAGAUAUCGCGAAAUAUCGUAUGUGGCGCUACCUGACUGGGAAGUCCCGACUGGCGGGCCAAUCGAUCGACACAACCUCGACCCAAAUGUCACUGGGUCGUCGUUCAGCUGACAUCACUCAAUUGCGAACGUGUUCAUCUCGAAUGAAACAUGACGCGGCCUGGUGCAGCACAUUCAGUUGCCUGGAAACAUCACAAACGAGAGAUUCAGCUGGGUUCCAGGUUGCUGAAUACUAUCCGGCAGCCCAUGACCGGUCUCGCCUUUCUUCCGAAUCAUCAGGUAGGCGCGGUCUCCGUGGUCUUCUCAACCUUAUAUUCUGCUUGAAUCCAGAUUGGACAAGCUUUGACAACUACAUUCAUUCCCCUAUCAUCAACCAAUCAAUAUUAUUCAUAGCCACACCAGUCUCGUUUGAACGGUCGCGUUCCUGUUCUGGCGUAAUAAUUCCGCUCAUCAGCAGUGCACAUCCAAGUGUGAGCACGCCCGCCUGUUCAGAUGUGAUAAUUCAGAUGCGUCCAAUGUGCGUGGGUGGAGUAGUGGUUGCACGCUCGCUUCGCAUGUCAGAUGUCCGGGGUUCAAAUCCCGGCACGGCUAUUGGACAUGCACCGCUGAUGAGCUCUAAUAAGAGCGAAACUCGAGUCCAGUGCUUCCCUUUGGUGUGGACUCACCGGAAUAAUUACGCCAGAAUAGAAACGCGGCCGUUCAAACGAGAGUGGUGUGGCUAUGAGCAAAGAUACCUAUCCCGCAAAACCCCAAAAUUGCAACCAAGCAAUAUUAGUCAAUGUUGUGGGUACGCAGAUGACAUCGCCCUCACCUUUGAAGACCAAAGCGAAGCACAAGCUCUGUUGGAUAAACUGACCACCAUCAUUCCAUCUUUUGGCAUGCGCCUCGCACCUUCAAAGUGGAAAGUCCUGCUUCAGAACGUGCCGUCUGCGAACAUAUCCCUUACAAUUCAGGGAGAAUCACUGGAGAUUGUGGAAAACUUUACAUACCUCGGUAGUUGUAUUAGCUCUAACGGAAGUGUGUCUGAUGAAGUCAGUGCAAGAAUUUCAAAGGCUAGAAUCACGCUUGCUAAUUCGCGUCACUUGUGGGGUCAAAAAGGCAUCUCACUGGAUCUUAAGGGUCGUGUGUAA